UACAAAGAGAGCAACUUGCGGGAGCCAUGCAACUAUAUCACCCAUACUUAUGUCCCGUAUACAAAAAAAAUUGGGGGGAGCUUCUCCUGAAACAGCUACGUCCAACCUCAUGGCUGAUUUGCAGAGGACCCAGGCUGAGAACCCUAAGUUGUUCCAAAUGCUGCAGAAGUCUCCAGUACAUCAGCAUCGGAACGAUAUUACGCGGAAAAACAGCACCCCGAACGUUAAUAAACAACCGUAUAAACAUCAGGCAACUAAUAGUAGUAGGCACUUAAGUAGACGAGACGAAAAUAUACCUCAAGCCUCAACGUCCAACAUGACCAUGGAAAAGUUCAAAGAGAAGUUCUACAGUCAUUGA